CGCACUGUGAUAUGAAUUUCUGCUAAUAGUAUAAACCGUGACGUUCCGCACGUUGAACCUGUUGUGUAUAAAUUGUGUAUUUAAAGUGAAGUUAGAAUUAAGUGUUUUAUAUUGAGAUGAAAAUAUGUUAUCAUAACUCAGCUGAAUGAUUUACGUAUUCAAGUUUGCAAACUUGAGUUGUAAAAAUUUGAGUCAGAGUGUUUUAUUUUCAUUGAUUGAUUUCUUGUGAGUGAAAACUCUGACGUGAGGACUGUCCAAGAAGAGCUUCGUUGUCAUGCCUGAGAUUAAAGUAACGCCGCUUGGUGCCGGUCAGGAUGUGGGUCGCAGCUGCAUACUGGUGUCGAUCGGAGGUAAAAACAUCAUGCUGGAUUGUGGCAUGCAUAUGGGAUACAACGACGACAGGCGUUUCCCAGACUUCUCCUAUAUAACUCAAAAUGGACGACUGACUGAAUUCUUGGACUGUGUCAUCAUAAGUCAUUUUCAUCUGGACCACUGUGGUGCUCUGCCCUACAUGAGUGAGAUGGUGGGUUACGAUGGUCCCAUAUACAUGACCCACCCAACCAAAGCCAUUUGCCCCAUUCUGCUGGAGGAUUUCAGGAAGAUCACUGUUGACAAGAAAGGAGAAACCAACUUUUUCACCUCUCAGAUGAUCAAAGACUGCAUGAAAAAGGUGGUGCCUUUGAACCUACAUCAAACUGUGCAGGUGGAUGAUGAGCUAGAGAUCAAGGCUUAUUAUGCAGGACAUGUGCUGGGGGCUGCCAUGGUCCAGAUCAAAGUUGGAUCAGAAUCUGUGGUCUACACUGGGGAUUAUAACAUGACACCAGACAGACAUUUAGGAGCUGCCUGGAUAGACAAGUGUCGCCCAGAUAUCCUAAUAUCAGAGUCUACGUACGCCACCACUAUACGGGACUCAAAGCGCUGCCGGGAGAGAGACUUCCUGAAGAAGGUGCAUGAGACGGUGGAGAGAGGAGGGAAGGUUCUUAUUCCUGUCUUUGCACUUGGAAGAGCCCAGGAACUCUGUAUUCUGCUUGAAACUUUCUGGGAAAGGAUGAAUCUCAAAGCUCCCAUUUACUUCUCAACUGGUCUCACGGAAAAGGCCAACCAUUACUACAAACUUUUCAUCACGUGGACCAACCAGAAGAUCCGCAAAACCUUUGUUCAAAGGAACAUGUUUGAGUUCAAGCACAUCAAAGCCUUUGACCGGUCUUAUGCUGACAACCCGGGGCCAAUGGUGGUCUUUGCUACACCGGGGAUGCUGCAUGCUGGACAGUCUCUCCAAAUAUUCAAGAAGUGGGCUGGUAAUGAGAAGAAUAUGGUGAUCAUGCCAGGGUACUGCGUGCAGGGUACAGUGGGACACAAGUUGCUCAGCGGACAGAAGAAGCUAGAGAUGGAGGGAAGAACUACACUGGAGGUUAAGCUGCAGGUGGAGUAUAUGUCUUUCAGCGCACACGCAGACGCCAAGGGCAUCAUGCAGCUGAUCCGCAUGGCAGAGCCCCGCAACGUGAUGCUGGUGCACGGCGAGGCCAAAAAGAUGGAGUUCCUCAAGGACAAGAUUGAGCAGGAGUUCACGGGAAUCAGUUGUUUCAUGCCGGCCAAUGGCGAGACAACUACUAUACCCACAAACCCCAGCGUACCGGUGGACAUCUCCUUGAACCUUCUCAAGAGGGAGGCUGCUUUUGGAGGGCCUCUGCCUGACCCAAAGAAGCCUCGAACCAUGCACGGAACACUCAUCAUGAAGGACAGCAGUCUCCGCCUGGUGUCGCCAGAGCAGGCCCUGAAGGAGCUGGACCUCAAUGAGCACCAGCUUCGCUUCACUUGUCGUGUACAGCUUCAGGAUCCCUACAGUGACACCGACACCCUCAGCAGGGUGUACAACCACCUCAAGAGUGUGCUGAAAGGGUACACUGUCCAGCACCUCCCUGACGGCACGGUCAUGGUGGAGUCCAUCGUCCUCAAAGUGUCCUCCUCUGCCGAGGACCCCAACACAAAGGUGGUGCUGCUCUCCUGGAGUUACCAGGACGAAGACCUGGGCAGCUUCUUGUCUUCAUUGCUCAGAAAAGGAUUGCCUCCGUGACUGUGCUAAAUUGACUUGUGUGUGUACUCUUUACUUGUGUUUUUCUCUUUUGAACUAGUUUGAAUUAAACUUUUAUAAUAAAAAGCUGCACUUUUGUUAGUUAAUGAACAUACAACAGGACCGACAUAGUCAGGAACACAAAUGAAGCUUUGAAUUGGGCCUUCAUGUUGUUGCAAACAAUUUACUAGGGAUCUCCACAUUCCAUUUCACUCUGAAAUUUUUGACGCUGGUUUAUUUACCCAACAACCUCAGCCUUGGGAGAAAAAUAGUCAUAACUAAGCAAAUUAA